CCAGGUGCACAUGGCAAACAUUUAGAAAAAAAAACAAAAUCGAAUCUUUGAAAUGGUCGAUUUUUAGGCUAAACUCCAAAGGAGUUUCUCUUUGCUGGAAUUGAACUGAUAAUGUUAAAUCUAUUACACUGUUUCUUUGAUUAAAUGAAAAGUUUAACAAAAUGGACAGAGACAAAAUGAAAAUUACAAGAAAUCUAUUUGAAAGUGUUGGUUAUGAAAUUGCAUUGAAGGGAAAGGAGGAGUGUCUGCGUUUUAAGGGACACUCUUUGAAAAAAAUGGCUUCAAAUGCACCCUGUGCCAGAACGGGAUUACCGAGGACCCGGAACAUGUCCCAUUUUGUUGCCCAAGAUUUCUACGGAGAGACACAAACUGAAGGACAUUCUGGGAUGGACACCCACAGUCGAAAAGCUCAGGAUCUGAUCUGCAAUCCGCCGACUAGAACGUUUAAGAAAUUAAGAUGGGGCAUAAUAGGCCCCCACUUAGUCCCGCAGGUUUCCAAUGGCAUCUUCUAAUAUAUAU